AUGCCUAGCUCUGCCUCUCCCUUCUGGCGCACCGCAUCCAAUUCGGCCACCUCUCCGCCAAACAAAAAGGUCAUUGGCGCAUCCUACUCGCAUGCUGACAUACUCAAUUUCAGCUCACUGAGCGUCUCGGGCUCAAACUCGCGACCGCGGACCCCGCCAUCAGCCACCCACAGUCGCGAAUCGAGCACUGCGCCGAGCCGAUCAAGCAAGACAAUAUCGCCCCGACCCUCACGAGCGACGUAUAGCUACUUUAUGAACGACACGCACCAGGACUGGGACGAGGGAGAUGAGGACGACGCAGAUAACAUGUUCGAGGACGACGAGGACGAGUUCGGACUACCCAGCAUUGCGAACAUGCGGAGAAAAGGUCGACGGAAACAAACAAUCAAGGCAAAUGAUUCAGGUGGGACUGUUAGUAGGGAUGGUGCGGGUGCAACAGCAUGGCGAGGGAUAGACAGUGGGGAUAUAGCAGAGGAACGCGGCAUACCCAACUAUCCUACCGCCAAGAAGACAGAAGGAAAGAUUCUACGCCCACAAUAUCAAGAGAUCCUUAGAGACCCCGCAAACUCUUUACAUCUUAUUUCCCAUCCCACAGUUGCCCCAAACGCGUCGGCAAAGCAGAUCGAAGAACACUCGGCGCGAACGACAAGGAUUAACAAGUUCAAGAGGAUACUACAAGCUAGCACUAUCUCAUUGUCAGAUCUCCGAGACUCUGCCUGGUCAGGUGUACCAUCCGAAGUGCGCGCAAUGACAUGGCAGGUCUUAUUGGGAUACUUGCCAACCAGCAGCGAGAGGAGGGUCGCAACACUAGAACGCAAGCGGAAGGAAUACCUCGAAGGAGUACGACAGGCCUUUGAGCGAGGUACAUCAAGUAGUGCAAGCGCCGUCGCGUCUGGAAUGGCCGCGAACCGUGGGCGAGGACGCGGCUUGGACGAAGCCAUAUGGCAUCAGAUUAGUAUCGAUGUGCCUCGGACAAACCCACAUCUCGAACUCUACAGCUACGAAGCAACGCAACGGUCGCUCGAACGGAUACUAUACGUGUGGGCCAUUCGGCACCCCGCCUCAGGAUAUGUGCAGGGUAUCAACGAUUUGGUAACGCCGUUUUGGCAGGUCUUCCUAGGUGCUUACAUCUCAGAUCCCGAUAUUGAGUUCGGCAUGGACCCUGGCCAACUACCGAAACAAGUUUUGGAUGCUGUCGAGGCCGAUUCAUUCUGGUGUUUAACAAAACUCCUGGACGGGAUACAAGACAACUACAUUGCUCAUCAACCGGGGAUCCAGCGAUCAGUAUCGAGCUUGAGAGAUCUCACCACACGCAUCGACGACCAACUGGCUAAGCACCUCCAAAAUGAGGGUGUGGAGUUCAUACAAUUUAGCUUCCGCUGGAUGAAUUGUCUUCUAAUGCGUGAGAUAUCUGUGAAGAACACGAUACGAAUGUGGGACACCUAUCUAGCUGAAGAAGACGGUUUCUCAUCCUUCCACCUUUACGUCUGCGCCGCUUUCCUCGUCAAGUGGUCCGACCAGCUUCGCAAGAUGGACUUUCAGGAGAUUAUGAUGUUUUUGCAGUCACUGCCGACGCGGCAAUGGACCGAGAAAGACAUUGAGCUGCUGCUGAGCGAGGCUUUUAUCUGGCAAAGCCUAUUCAAGGGUAGCGGUGCGCACUUGAAGAAUACUGGCUCAGCAGGCAGUGGUGUAGGAAUGGGUCCUGACUAUUAA